AUGCUGCUUCUGCAAUUUCCGUUGCUAGCUGUUCUCCUCGCAGGUGGUGACAAUGCAGAUGUGGUCCAGGAACCCAUCUCAUUCUAUCUCAUCCAAAUCUCAUCUUUUGCCAAUCAAACCUGGGCACAAAAUCAGGGCUCAGGAUGGCUGGACGAGUUGCAGACUCAUGGUUGGGAGAGUGAAUCUGGCACAAUAAUUUUCAUGCACUCCUGGUCCAAGGGCAACUUCAGCAAUGAGGAGUUGUUAGACCUGGAAAUGCUAUUCCGUGUCUAUUUCAUUGGAUUAACUCGGGAGAUUCAAGAUCGUGCCAGCCAAUUGCAGUUCAUAUAUCCCUUUGACAUACAGGUGAAAGUCGGGUGUGAGCUGCACUCUAAAGAAAGCCCAAAAAGCUUCUUCCAGGUAGCGUUUGAUGGAUCAGAUUUCCUGAGUUUCCAGAACACAUCAUGGAUGCCAUCUCCAGAGGGUGGGAGUAGGGCCCAGAAUGUCUGUGAUCUACUCAAUCAGUACGAAGGAAUUAAGGAAAUUGUGUACAAGCUUAACAGAAACACCUGCCCCCGAUUUCUCCCAGGUCUCCUUGAUGCAGGGAAGAUGUAUCUACAGAGACAAGUGAGGCCAGAGGCCUGGUUGUCCAGUCACCCUACCCUAGUAUCUGGCCGGCUAUCUCUGGUUUGUCAUGUCUCCCGCUUCUACCCAAAGCCUAUUUGGGUGACAUGGAUGCGGGGUGAGGAGGAGCAACUGGGCACUAAACGAGAUGAUAUUCUUCCUAAUGCUGAUGGAACAUGGUAUCUCCGAGUAACCCUGGAUGUGGAUGCUGGAGAGGCAGCUGGCCUGUCUUGUCGAGUGAGGCACAGCAGUCUAGGAGGCCAGGACAUCGUCCUCUACUGGGGGCACCGCCUUUCCAUGACCUUCAUCUCCUUGAUAGUGAUAGUGCCUUUGAUUCUUCUGAUAGUCCUUGUGAUAUGGUUUAAGAAGCGCUGGUAA